CCAGCUGGAGGCUCCCGCCCGCUCGCCGGCGCCAACUGCAGCGCGCCUUCCUGGAGACCCGCGGCGGCGGCGGCGGCGCAGAGAGCAGCGGGGGCCCCGGGAGCGCUCCGGCGGGCAGAGCACACACCAUGGCUACUUCAUUUGUGGUAGACAGCCCCAACGUCACCUACACUCCAGAGUUCAUUGAGGCCAAAUACAGCUACAGCGCUACUCAGGUGUGCCAGGAGGAGGGCAUCACUAAGGUGAAGCCCUGCUCCACUGCACUCACCUUCCGCACGGAGAGGAAUGUUCCGAAGCUGGGUGUAAUGCUGGUUGGCUGGGGUGGGAACAACGGCACCACAGUGACCGCAGCCGUCUUGGCCAAUCGACUGGGGCUCUCCUGGAUGACUAAGACAGGCACUAAGCAUGCCAACUAUUAUGGGUCCCUCUUACAAGCCUCCACCGUGUCCCUGGGCACUGGCCCAUCCGGAGAAGUUUACAUUCCCUUCCGGGACCUCCUCCCGAUGGUUCAUCCCAAUGACAUCGUCUUCGAUGGGUGGGACAUCUCUUCCAUGAACCUGGCAGACGCCAUGCAGAGAGCCCAGGUCUUGGACUGGCCACUACAGCAGCAACUCCGGCCGUUUAUGGAGGGCCUGAAGCCUCGCUCGUCCAUCUACAGCCCUGAGUUUAUUGCCGCCAACCAGGAGACAAGGGCAGACAACAUCCUGACGGGGACCAAGGCUGAACAGAUGGCUCAGGUCCGCCGUGACAUUCAGGACUUCAAGAGCUCUAAUGGCAUAGACAGAGUAAUCGUUCUAUGGACAGCCAACACAGAGCGGUUUUGUGACAUGCAGCCUGGUGUGAAUGACACAGCGACCCACCUGCUGCAGGCCAUUGAGCAUGGCCUAGAGGUGUCGCCUUCCACCCUGUUUGCUGUGGCCAGCAUCCUGGAGGGCUGUGCCUACAUUAAUGGCUCCCCACAAAACACCUUUGUGCCGGGGGUUGUGGAGCUCGCUGUUCAGAGAGGUGUCUUCAUCGCAGGUGAUGACUUCAAGUCUGGCCAAACAAAGCUCAAGUCUGUCCUGAUGGAUUUCCUGGUCAGCUCGGGGCUUAAGCCUGUCUCUAUUGUCAGCUAUAACCAUCUGGGCAACAAUGAUGGCUGCAACCUCUCGGCACCAGCGCAGUUCCGCUCCAAGGAGGUCUCCAAGAGAAGCGUGGUCGAUGACAUGGUGCAGUCCAACCCCAUCCUAUAUGGGCCUGGGGAGCAUCCGGACCACUGUGUGGUCAUCAAGUACGUGCCCUACGUAGGUGACAGCAAGCGGGCCCUGGAUGAAUACACGUCCGAGAUCGCUUUGGGGGGCACCAACACCAUUGUCAUACACAACACCUGUGAGGACUCGCUGCUGGCCGCUCCCAUCAUCUUGGACCUGGUGAUCCUUGCCGAGCUCUGCCAACGGAUCCGGGUAGCGGUUGAAGGCGAGACGGAGCCGCAGCCCCUUCAUAGUGUCUUGUCGCUGCUUGGCUUCCUCUGCAAGGCCCCCCUUGUGCCUGAAGGCACCCCUGUGGUGAACGCCCUUUUCCGCCAGCGGGCUGCUAUUGAAAACCUCUUCAGGGCUUGCGUGGGGCUCCCACCCCAGAACCACAUGCUCUUGGAGUACAAGACACGGCAGGCUUGGGGCUGCACCAAGCAUCUCCGCUCCUCUUCCAUGGUGGCUUGGCCUGCUUCUCUCCAAAAGACGGCCUCCCACCUGAACGGCUUCUUGUGCCCCUCAGAAAGCAACAGACAUGUGCCCUGCGAUGCCCAGAGUCACCUCUUUGAAAAGUAGCUGUACCGUGCCCCUGGCUCGCCCCAGACUGGGCACAGGGCAUACUUGCUGACUGGAUUGUACCUUUUUCUGCUCUUUUUUUUUUCUACUGAGGUGGUUUUUGAAGGGAAGGAAUAGUGUUGGCAGAAUAACUUUCUCCAUUUUGAAUGACAUUUAAUUCAAAAGCUGAGAAUGUUCAAGUCUGAAAUAAUAAAACAUGG